UACAGAGCCGUCUUCGCAGUGUGUAGCUUGCUAGCUGUCUCUGGUCACUAACAUAGCAGCAGAUCACUGGUGUCCACACGAUGCUACACCCGUUUGCCAGGCCUUCAGUGAGACUGUCAGAGCUGUAAGAUGUCAAUGGUAUUAUUUGCCUCCGUGGUCCGGGUCGGGGACGGCCUCCCUCUCUCUGCAUCCACUGACUAUGAGCAGGACAAAGAACUUCAGGAAACCAAGAGGCAUCUCAAAGGUCUCUCCAAGAAACUCAGCCAGUUCCCUGACCGCUGCACACUUAAGUCUGGACCUUACAAUGUCAAUUUCACAAGCUCUCUGGGUGUUGGAUACCUGAUGGUGUGCACCGCAAACUACCCCAACGUGCUGGCCUUCUGCUUCCUGGAUGAGCUGCAGAAGGAGUUUAUUGUCACCUAUGACACCAAGAGAAUCAGCAGCGUUGUGCGGCCGUACUCCUUCAUUGAAUUCGACACAUUCAUUCAGAAGACCAAACAGCGCUACAACAGCCCUCGUUCGCUGUCCACCAAGAUCAACCUGGCUGACAUGCAGACAGAGAUCAAGCUGCGACCGCCCUACCAGCUCUCCCCUGAGGACCUGCGGGCUAUCAAUGGAUUCUCUGUGCACACGCCCUCCAAGUACAAGGGCAUAGCUCCCACACAGAUGUUGGAGCCAGUGACUCUCCCAGGCAUCGUGUCCUGUGUGCUCAGUGUCCUCUGUGGAGGCCUGAACCUGCUGCGAGGAGUCCACGCUAUAGAGAGCAUACUACAGAAUGAUGAUGAAGACUUUAAUUAUGUGAUUGCCUUCUUCCUCGGCACAGCAGCCUGUCUGUAUCAGUGCUACCUGUUUGCCUACUUCUCUGUCUGGAGGAACAGUAAGUCCUUCCUGGCGUUUGCACUCAUAUGUCUGUCCAACAUGUAUCUGUAUGAACUGAGGAACAUGUGGCAGAUCCUCUUCCAUGUGGCGGUGGGGGCCUUCAUGACCCUGCAGAUAAGACUGAGGCAACCGCUGGGCAAAGCGCCAGACUAUAAUGUCUGACAAACCCUUUAAACACAAAGGGCAAACGGACCUUCCAUCAGAUGUCUCACAUAUGCCCUGGAAAUGCAGCGGACACAGCACUGGCCAGUCCGGGGACAAAGUGGAAACAAAAAGCAAUCCUCGCAGUUCAGGAACAAAAAAAAAAAUCAGCCCUGCAGUCGUCCUGUUCUCACUCAGUCCCAGCACCAGUGGACAGAUCUCAGUGUGACACCGCAGCCGGAAUCCUCCGUGACUCUCUGAUUUGGGAAGUUGCCUAUUCCCAACUAUUGUCUGACAACAGGUAUUUAGUUAUACCCCCUUUCACUGCAGCCAUAGCUUAGGUCAGAAUCCUGCAUACAGGAUGUCCAGUUUUGCAAACCUGUACUCUCCUGACGCCCGCAACAUUAAGUACUAGAACCGAAGUGUCAUGUAUAACCCCCAUCCUCAUAAUAACUAAUACAGAGGCCAUGGACACUGUGUCUAAAGUGCCCUAAGAACUUUGCCGAAAACCUUUCAUGGAGCAUCACGUCAAAUGACACUGCAUGCUGCGCUUAAGAAUUUGACCAGACCCUUGAUCAUAGUUUUCGGUAUUUGAUGUUCUUUGAUUAUUAAACCAUGGACACAUUUCUGGUUGUACAAACACUGAUGUUUAACGCACAGCCUUAUAUUUUCCUUGAGCUCAGUCAGCAACCCUUGUGGUCUUGGCUGAAGGCUGGACUGAACAGAAGUGCGUAAGGCAAUGCAAUUGUAAACUGAUAAAAUUACUUUUGGAUUACUUUUUUAAAAACUUUUUUAUUUAUUUCACCCAGGUCUUUCUAAAUUAUUCUUUUUUCUCUUUUUUUCACCUGUUACAUGCACUUUUUGCACAUGUGCUCUUGCGUACCUGACCUGGUGCAGGACUCUGGUUUAGGUCUUGGUUUAAAACUAUGCAAUGCUGCCUCAUAUAAAUGAUUUCAGUCCUGGUGUAUUGUCAUUUUGUAGACCGUUGAUUUUGCUAUUUAUUUACUGAUAGAUUGUUCAUUGGUGAGUGAUCAAUGAAGAUUUUAUUAGAUUUAUUUGUUGUUUUUUUUUUUUUUUUGGUCGUUCCAUUUUUUUUUACGCAGACUUGCAUCUACUUGUCACAAAGUAACUCCUGCUCCAGUAGACACAAACAGCCUGUUAGCAUUCAUACCCUACUUCCUCGCCCACACAGCCUCAAGCAUGUGCCAGUGUCAAGUGACUAUGUUAAUAAACAAGUCUGUGUUGGCAGCAGUAAAGAUACUAGCUGUGUUGUCGAGGCCAGAGGCAGCCCCUAUCAUCUGAGCAGCCCCUGGCGUGUUUUUCCUCCCACCGAGCCCCUCGGUUCAGACAUGGUUGCGUCUGCCACUUACGAAGACAAAAACUUAUUCUCUCACCCUGCCUGUGUAAUGGGUAUUAGCACUGCAUUCACAUUUAAUGUAAUUACAAUCAGGGGAUGCCACAUUCAUCGUUAUUAAGCAGUGUGAGAUUUGUUCGGGAAAUUGUGGGAGGAUUUCCUGGCUUCCUGCAAUAUCCCGCCAAAUAAUAGCAAACAAAUGGAGAAGGGUAGAGAUUUGAGUCAUGCCUUUAUUGUUCAUUGUUCAUGAGUAGCUUAACAGUUGUGCCAAGAUUGUCGUAACGUCUUUUUUUUUUCUUUAACUAAAUAAUCUGUUUCUCAUUGGAUAGAGUUAAAAGCGAAAAUGAAAAGGACUAUAACCACGCAAAUACACUCAAUGUCCAUCUGGCAUCUGCACUACAAAUCUGUCAGGGGACCGCUGCAACACUUAAGCCUUGUAUGAUUCAUCAUUGUGCUCUCUCAAUGUUCCCUGGUUUCCAGCAGCGGUACCACACCUACAUGACCUAAUAGUCUUUUUUUUUUCACAAUAUGGCUCAGACUUGAUGGGAUGUGAAUUGUGCUUCACUGGCUCAGGUUGUUUGUGUUCACAGUCUCUUUACAGUAGAUGUGUAGAGUGGGUGUGUUGUGUAAAAUAUGAAAAAAAGAGGCUUUUAUACUAGUUUAUCCAAAUAUGGAAAAUGAAUGUGAUCAUUUCCAGGUCUUUAAAUGUGGGAAUUAACUGCUGAUUGUUUUUUUGUUUUUUUGUAUGUAUUGUACAAAUUGUUCACAUUUUAAUUCAUUUUGUUUUACACUAGAGUUUUAAUGUGACACCUUUAAAGUCCCCAGUCAUGAUCGGUUCACAGAAUAAUAAGAACAGUUAAAUCCGGUGUUAAAUUCAGAAAAAGAAGAUCUGGGAAAGAAUGGAUUUGAUAGGAAAUGGAAGAUAUGUUGGAACACUGGGUUUAAAGCAUAUCUGAGACCAGAAGUGCUUUAAUUUUGUCCGUUUUCUGUUGCACAUGGAAACACACUGAUUUAUCAUGACGCGAUCUGGUCCUCUUCAUUCCACUUGAAACAUAUCUGCUCUUGUAUUUGGACUCAUUGUCUCUGAGCUCAGCUCUGGAACAUUGAACAUUAAAAAGAAAACCUGAG